AUCGACGAAGAGCUUGAAUUGCCUGAAGAGCCGAUCGUGGUUCCGGGCGGGGGGCCGCCGGCGCCGUACCACUUACAGCUCCUUGCGAAGGAUUUGAGCAGUGUGGAGCAGUUUGGCGUGUUAGUCUGGACGAUGUCGAAAGACGCUGUGGAUUUCGAUCUUUUGAAAGACCCGAACGUCGAUGCCGGGGAGAAACUCCGCAGAACUUUGGGUUUUGAACUGGAUUGGUUGCGCUUUCCGCAAGUGAAGAUCGGACUCUUGGAGAAAACAGCUUUACCGCUGUCCGAAGGCGAUCUUUUACUCGCAUGCGUGGACGAGAUGGUGUCUGCGGUCAGCAGGUGGCCCGGGGAGGACGCAAAUCAAGCGUUGGUGAACAGGAUUUUAGAAAAGGGCUCUAUCGGGCAAUUCGCUUUUUUGCCGAAGCGAAAUUCAGCGCAGUAUCUCCAAGUCAGCCUGCAGAGCCGACGUCUGGGUGCGUCGCUCGAGUUGAAUCGGUUGAAGGACAUCAAUCCUCGCGGGUUCGCAGCACGGCUUGGAUUAAAAACUGGCGACGAAAUUCUUGCGGUGGGGGAAUUCAGUAUCUUGUCCAGCAAAGACAUCGAGAAUCUAAAGACGCAGCUGGACCCGGAGACGGGGCCAAGGC